AUGAUAUUUUUAUCUUGGCUUAGAAAAAGAAGUGGUUGGAAAGAAAUUGUUCGUCCAGGGGUGACUCGGUUUGCUACCAUCUUUAUCACAUUGAAAAGUAUUUCUGAUCAUAAGUCUGAUUUGCAAGCUCUAGUUGUUAAUCAACACUUUAUUGGUAAUAAGUUAUCAACGGGUACAGCUGGGAAACGUGUUAGUGAAAUCAUUUUAGAUAAUAAAUUUUGGAGGGAUUGUGAGGUGGUGUCAAAUAUUGCAGCUCCCAUUAUCCGACUACUUAGAAUUGUAGAUGGGGAUGAAAAACCCUCGAUGGGCUAUGUUUAUGAUGGCAUACAAAGGGCAAAGAACGCAAUCAAGCGGAUGUUCAGGGAUAAGAGUGAAUUGUAUAAGCCGUACACAGAUAUUAUUUCAGCUCGAUGGGAUAAACACCUGAAGCGUACUCUUCAUGCAGCAGCUUACUUUCUAAAUCCUGGAUUCUUUUAUGAUCCAAGUUUUGUUGAAAAUGAUAGAGUUGUGCAGUCACUUGUUGAUUUGUUGGAGGUGAAAAGUCUAUGUGCUAGCUUACCCAAAGCCCUUCUAGAGAUGAAUGUCUAUCGUGAGCGGAAAGAUUCAUUUAGUCGAGCAAGUGCUUUGCAAGCGGCAAGCCAAAUUCAACCCGCUCAAUGGUGGUCAAUAUAUGGGAGUAGUGCUCCAUUGUUACAAAAGAUAGCAAUUCGUAUUCUUAGUCAAACAUCAUCAUCUUCAGGGUGUAAAAGAAAUUGGAGUCUCUUUGAACGCAUCCAUACCAAAAAACGAAAUAGACUUGAACAUCAAAGGCUAAGUGAUCAUGUUUAUAUUACUUAUAACUUGCGUUUGAAGAAAAGGAGUGAAUUGAAGAAGAGAACUUAUGAUCCUGUUGAUUAUGAAUGCAUCAAUAAUGUUGACUUUUGGGUAGUUGAGGAAGAAGCACCUCCUGAGUUUGAUGAUAAUGAGGCUGAGCUUGUGAAUAACAUUUAUGAAGAUGAUGCAAGAGAUGUUGCAGGUGGUGAAGAAGUUGACAUUUCAGAGGAGCCACUGAUGGAGUCAGUUGAUUUUCAAAUUGGGGCAAAUGUUGAAUCAUCGUCGUUUGAUGGAAUAGAGUUCAAUCUUAAUGAUGUUAAUGAUUUUUGA